AGCUUAAUUGAGAUGGUUAUCGUAAUGUUUUGGUGCCUUGUUUGUUUUAUUUGACGCUUUUUCUUAAUAAUAAUAAUAAUAAUAAUAAUAAUAAUAAAAAUCCUUCAAGUUAACUGGUUUUGUUAGGAAUUGUUAGGCUGAGGUUUUUUUAAUUUUUAUUUUUUAUUUAUUUUUUGGCAUUUCGAUUCACGUUUAAAAGGAACGAGGAAAAAAAGACAUAAAAAUGUGACAGAAGAAAGUCACAGGCGGCACACGUUUAACUAUCAUUCUCUGCCAUAAAACAUGAAGGAAAAGAGGAGCAUAUUCCAGUGGGGACCAAAGAAAAGUGAACGUUUCUCAUGAGCUGGCAUCAUUACCGAGCGGAUGGAAGGACAGGAAGGAAAAUAUCAAUUCAACUCCAUGCCUUGAUAAACGCUUCGAUGAAUAAACAAUAGCGAAAAUCAUAAACUACUACGCGCAGAUCGACGUCGCGCGCUCGUGAAUGUGUGACAGUCGGGUUCGCGUGCGUUGAGCCUGCCGGGACUCGAGGCUUUCGGUCGGGUUCUGGUUCUGUCUCAUUUAGGGAUCCACCGGCCACUGAAGGUCAGAGACUUGAAGCCGAGAAGUAGAGGCGUCGCCACCCGUCGAUUCAGCAGUCAUGGCCGGGGCGAAACCGGGAGUACACGCGCUACAACUCAAACCGGUGUCAGUCCAUGAGGUGCUUAAAAAGGGGAGCAAGUUUGUCAAAUGGGACGAGGAGCCCAAUAGCACACCCAGCCUUGUCACCCUCAAGGUGGACCCAUAUGGAUUCUUCCUCUAUUGGUCUGGAGGGACCAACAUGGAAGUGGAAAUCCUGGACAUCAGCCAUAUCAGGGACACCAGGACAGGGAAGUUUGCCAAGAUGCCUAAGGACCAGCGUAUGCGAGAUCUUUUGGGGUUGGGCAAAGGAGAAGGGAACGUGGAGUCCAAGCUGCUAACUGUCGUCUAUGGCAACGACCUGGUCAACAUCUCCUUCCUCAACUUCCAAGCUGUGCAGGAUGGCUAUGCCAAGGUAUGGACUGAUGAGGUGUUUAAACUUGCCACAAACAUACUUUCCCAGAAUUCUUCCCGCAACACCUUCUUAUUCAAAGCUUACACAAAGCUGAAUCUGCAGAUAAAUCAGGACGGGAAAAUCCCUGUGAAGAAUAUCCUGAAAAUGUUCUCGGAUAAGAAGCGCGUGGAGACGGCACUGGAGCACUGUGGUCUCGUCAAUAACAGGGCUGAUGGUAUAAAGCCAGAUGACUUCACCUGGGACAGGUUUCAGAACUUCCUCAACAAGCUGAGUCCCAGACCAGAGGUGGAGCGCAUUUUUGUGGAGCUUGGCUCUAAAGGCAAGCCCUUCCUAUCUCUGGAUCAGUUGAUGGACUUUAUAAACCGCAGACAGAGAGAUUCACGGCUAAACGAGGUACUUUACCCACCGCUCAAAAGAGAACAGGUUCGCCAACUCAUGGAGAAAUAUGAGACCAAUGCCAGCCAGCUUGAGAGAGAUCAGAUCUCCCUGAUGGGCUUCACAAAGUAUCUUGGUGGAGAGGAGAACUCUGUGGUUCCUCCUGAGAGGUUGGACAUCAUCGAUGACAUGACUCAACCCCUGUCGCACUAUUUCAUAAACUCUUCACACAACACCUACCUCACAGUGGGGCAGUUGACAGGUCUGUCGUCAGUAGAGAUGUAUCGGCAGGUGUUGCUGACAGGGUGCCGCUGUAUAGAGCUGGACUGCUGGAAGGGCCGCCUACCUGAAGAAGAGCCUAUCAUCACGCACGGUUUCACCAUGACAACUGAGAUUCCAUUCAAGGAAGUGAUUGAGGCCAUUGCUGAAAGUGCAUUCAAGACGUCUCCCUAUCCCCUUAUCCUGUCCUUUGAGAAUCAUGUGGACUCAGCAAAGCAGCAGGCUAAGAUGGCAGAGUACUGCCGCUCUAUGUUUGGGGACGCGCUGCUCAUCGAACCCCUGGAGAAAUAUCCGCUAGUUCCUGGUCAACAACUGCCAAGCCCCCAGGAGCUUUUGGGGAAGAUCCUAAUCAAGAACAAGAAGAAACAUGAGCACAAGGCAUCUAAUGGAGGGAGCAUCCGACGCAAAGAUGGCACAGAUGACCAGUCCUCGCCUUUGAAUGAUUGUCCAUUGUCUGAUGGGGAGAUGGGCCAGGUCAUAUCCAAUGGGGGUGAGAAGUUUGCAGAGAGGAUGGCCAAAGACCUUGAUAUCCGCAAAUCUAUUGAUCGAGGAGAUGGAGAGAGUGAUGAAGAGGAGGAAGAGGAACCCAUUCCAGAUCCAAAGAAACACAACAACACUGAUGAGGGUACUGCGUACAGUGAGGUGAAUGCCACAGAGGAGAUGUCCACAUUAGUCAACUACAUAGAACCAGUCAAAUUCAAAUCCUUUGAGGUGGCAUCCAAGAGGAAUAAAUAUUUUGAGAUGUCAUCUUUUGUGGAGACCAAGGGCAUGGACACUUUAAAGAACUCUCCCAGCGAGUUUGUAGAAUACAAUAAAAAGCAGAUGAGUCGUAUCUACCCCAAAGGGACUCGUGUUGACUCUAGUAACUACAUGCCACAACUCUUCUGGAACGUGGGCUGCCAGAUGGUGGCGCUAAACUUCCAGACUCUUGACUUGCCGAUGCAGCUGAACAUGGGCGUGUUUGAAUAUAAUGGCCACUGUGGUUACCUGUUAAAGCCAGAGUUCAUGAGACGCACUGACAAACACUUUGACCCCUUCACUAUGAACAUUGUGGAUGGCAUCGUAGCCAACACAGUCAAGAUCAAGAUCAUCUCGGGUCAGUUUUUGAACGAUAAGAAGGUCGGUGUUUAUGUGGAGGUGGACAUGUUUGGGCUUCCUGCAGACACUAAAAGGAAAUAUCGAACUAAAACCUCGAAUAAUAACUCUCUGGACCCAGUCUGGGAUGAAGAUAGCUUUGUGUUCAACAAGGUGGUGUUGCCUACCCUGGCAUCUCUGAGAAUAGCCGUCUAUGAGGAAAACGGGAAGUUUAUUGGACAUCGCAUCUUGCCAGUAUCGGCAUUGCGCCCAGGGUACCACUACAUCAGUCUGAAAAAUGAGCUGAAUCAGCCACUCAUGUUGUCCUCCCUGCUCGUGUACACUGAGGCGCAGGACUACAUCCCCAACGAGCACCAAGAGUACGCUGAGGCUCUGACAAACCCCAUCAAACAUCUCUCUCUGCUGGCCCAGAGAGAAAGGCAACUUUUAGCACUUAUGGAGGACCCCACAGAGGGUGGCCCUUCAAAACAAGAGGAAGGAGACAAGAUUGACUCUAGCUGCAUGACCUCUGUUGACCCCAUCUGCCCUAUGCCUUCUCCAACACUUCCUCCGGUCGUCAAUGAGGUCAUGAGCACCCCUGCAUCAGGCCCUAAAGAAGAUCUAGUCAACAAUAUUCUUAAAGUAAUUGAACCUCAGUCUAUUGAAGAGCUUAAGCAGCACAAUUCCUACCUGAAGCUGUUGAAGAAGCAAUGCAAGGAACUCAAGGAGCUGCGAAAGAAACAUCUCAAAAAGGUGUGGGCACUCAGUAAAGACCAAAAGACUCGUUGUAAUCAGCUGAACUCUGACCUCCAGAAAAGACGGUGUCAGCUGGAGAAACGGGUGCGCUCCAGUCUGAAGAAGAGUGGAUCAGAAGAGCAUGCACAGAGGGAACUGAAUGAGCUGGAUCAGGAACUACAGAAACACAUGCAGAAGUUCAGACAAGAACAGAUGCAAGAACUUCUCGAUCUCAGACAGAUACAACAUCAGACAGAGACAGAGACUAAACACUGCCACCUUAAAGAGGCCAAUCAGAAGCUGAGAGAAAUCACCCAAGAAUGCCAAGCAGCCCAGAUCAAGAAACUCAAGGAAGUGUGUGAAAAAGAGAAGAAAGAAUUGCAGAAGAUUCUGGAGAGGAAGAGGCUGAACAGCAUUAUCGAGGCCAAGAAAGCAGAAAAAGAAAAGUCAGAAACGGAGCUGAAUGAGAUCAAUAGAAAACAUAUCUAUGAGUCUGUCAACUUAAUCCGUCAGCUGGAAGUGUCUCAGGGGAAACGUCAGGAGAAGUUGAAAGCCCUUCACAAGGACAUCCUUCAGAAAAUAGAUGAGGAAGUUCCUCUGAAUCAGGCCCGCCUGACACGGGACUGUGAGGCGGAGCUAAAGCGCCUGCCAGAUGAGAUCUCUCAGUACCUGCAGGGGGAGCUAGAGAGCAAAGGCUCCCAUAAAGACACCCUCAUGGGUCCGGCCAAUAACGACAGCUCUGGCUCCAGCCCACCUUCUAACUGCAGCACGCCCUCUUACUCCUCCCCCAAUCACAUCUGGAACAACCUCAGCAAUAGCAACACCUCAUUGCUGGACUCCCCCAGUUCAAACACUCCUGUCAAGUCAGAGACGGACACUACAGGAGUGUCCUAGUGAUACUACAGUUUUGUUUGUUUGUUUUUCCUAUCAGUCUCUCCGAUCCAUUUAUUUCCUCAGUGGAUUCUAAGAAUAGAUAUAGUAUUACUAAGAUGUAUGCAUUUUUUGAGGGCAGUUUUUUUCUUGAUUUUUUUAUCCUGCAUUCACUUCUCACUUUGUCUGAAUUCAGAUUUGACAUCUUUUUACUUUCUUUUUUAACCAAAGUCCUGUUUUAAUCCAGAAAUACAGUGGAUUUUUAUCUUAGCUUUAAAAAUGUGGGCUCUCUUACAUACUUAUGUCUGUACGUAAGACACCUGUGGAAAAGGGUGGGUGGGGUACAGCUUUUAUUAGGUUCUCUAUUUAUUUUUGUUGUAUAUUGUGCACUGUGCAGUUUUAUGUGUAGUACUGCGAGAUGUCCCGAAGGUGGCAGUAGCGAAUAGGUGAGUUCUGAGGCUGUGAUGCCGAAGCUAGACUAAUGCUUAAUCUGAAUGGUUCGUGUUUACAUAAUGUUGCACAGAUGGACUUUUGCUUAGCCAAUACCCAAUAACACGAUUUCAGUAGUAAACCAAUUUCUUAUAAUGCACCUCCAUAACAAGCAAAACACUGAGAUGUUGCAUGUUCCUGAAGAGAGUAAAUCAAUUAUCUCAUUUUGAGUGUGUUGUGUAUAAAUGUUUAAGUGCCUCACUUCUUGAUUUACUUCACUUGAACUCUCUCUCCCAGAUUAUGCUUUCUAAAAUCCUGUAAUCCCACUCUCGCACUCUGCCUCCACUGUAUCUGCCUCUGUGUUGUUUGGUUUAAUCUGAUCUGAUCCAGACACAGAAAUUCUGUGUAAUUGGCAGUGAUCCCACAUGUCACACUCUCUCAAACCCACUGAUAUCCAGGAAACAUUUCAGACACUUUUUUUUCUUUUUCCGCCCCAUUUUUUUUUUUUUCAGAUAAACCCCUUUGAAUGCACUCGCAUGGGUUUGGGUGCACCUUUCAGAGAUCCUACAGCACAAACUGUGACUGAGAUACUACAAACCCCCUCUGGCUUUAUCAAGUCAGGUCUAUUAAGAGUCAUAACAUGUUGCAUAACGUACAGCCAUGCUGAGCAUAUGAAAUGGGGUUUUUUUUAUGCGAGAUUGAAACAAGACUUUCAAAGCUUAGCUCCGAUCACCACAAUCCAGGGCUUUUUUAAUCCAUUAGAAUGGAUGAUGGUUGGAUUUUGCUUUCUCAUACUGUAAUCUGGUCUGCUGUCUCUCUCCAUUUCCUGUUUGGUUUAAUACAGUUUUUCAUUUAUCUGUCAUUGGCCUCCCAUGUCCCUUCUCACCUUUUCCCCACCUUUCUCUCUUAAAGGGUUAGUUCACCAAGAUAUUAAAAUUCUGUCAGUUACUCAUAAUAAUAAAAUUAGGAAUAUAAGCACAUGACUGAGGCUAACAUUCUGCCUUCCACCUUUUAUUGUGUUCCAUGGAAGAAAAGGUCUGAUGGGGUUGGACUGAAAUUCCAAUAGGUUUGGAACAAAAUGAGGGUGAGUAAAUGAUGAUAUAAUUUUAAUUUUUGGGUGAACUAUCCCUUUUAAACACAGGUACACACUCUCAGGGCUUUGUGGGACAAAAUGAAAAGUAGGACUUUGACACACAUAUGUGUAAUACAGUGCUCUCUGUGCCAGCUGCGCUUUAUGCCCUGACUUGCACACCAGAGCAACUCUCAGCUUGCUAUCCUUGUCCCGCGUGCAUCAAUUGCACUAUAAUGACUAUCAACCGAUACAUUUGCUGAGUGAUUGGCUGCAGUAUUGUCCUCUUAGACAAAUAUGCAACGUAGAUGUGACUUUCACUCUCCCUGAUUGGAUGAAAGUAGAAAGGACUUUUCCUAGAUGUAUAAUUUUACAUAAUUGCGAGAAACUGUGUGUGUGAUCAUAUCCCUGGCUGUGUGAAUGGAUACUGCACAUUAGAGUUUAGAAUUCCAGAAGGGCACAAGCAAAAGAGCUGUAUUGAGAUGGAAUACACUAUCUUUCAAGGAGACAAGAGUUUGUGUGCAAGAGUGAAUGUAAGUGAUUUAACCCAUAUUCUUUAUAAUGUGUUUGCAUUUUAAGUCAAUAGUAUUAUAUACCCAUAAACAGGGAUAAAUGGUAUGUGCAUGUAAGCAUAUUCUCUCCGAUUUCAUUAUAUUUGGUGAGAGAUUACCGUUGUACAUAAGGACAAAUAUCAAUCUACCAGGAAAUAUUAGUGUUUGUAUUUCAGUAUAAACCGCAUAACAGUUCUUAUGGAUCAUCAUAUAAUUCAUUACUCUUUAGAGAUAAACGAUGUCUGCUACUUGACUAAAGGAGAAGGGUGAAGUCUGUCUUUGUUUGCUUUUAUAUCAGUUUAUAGAGGGGAACGUUAUUAGACAUUUACUAUCAAGUGUCACUACAACAUGCGCACACUACCAAUCCUUUAGUCUGUCCUCUGCUGUCCAUCAUUUUAUUUGUUGGUUAAAUGAGGUGCAGGUGUUUUUAUAGAGAAACACCCCAAAACUUAUGGCCGGUAAUUUUAUUUAAGACACUAUUUUUAAAAUUAAACACAGUGUUGCAUGAUUAUUGAGUGUGCCUAUGUACAGGGUUGGGAGGGUUACUUUUGAAAUGUAUUCCACUACAGAUUACAGAAUACAUGCUGUAAAAUGUAAUUUGUAACGUAUUCCGUUAGAUUACUCAAUGUCAGUAAUGUAUUCUAAAUACUUUGGAUUACUUCUUCAGCACUGGUAGAUUUUUUCACUUAUUUUGACUAUAAAAACUCUGCCAGUACAUUAAGACAAAAUACACGUUAAAAAUACAUUCUCUGAAAAACCUAAAUAUAAUAUGCAGUGUUGUUUCUAAAACAAGAUAAAUCAAAUUGAUCUUGUUUAAAGGAUUUUUAGAUAUUUUUACAGGAAAACAAUACAAAAAUUAUCAAGAAUACAAUUUUUGCCCUAAUAUCAAAGGUCUUACUAGAAAAAAAGAAAUUAUGAUCCAACGUGAAUUUUCUUCAUAAAAAAAUAUGAUCGUGCCUGGUAACGUGCAUGUAAAAAGGCUAGAAAUAGCAUUUUAGCUUAGCGUAAAGUCUAUUUCUUCUGCUCCAAACUUCAAACUUACUUCUCUGUCUGCUCGUAUGAAUGUAACACAUCAUAAGAAAGUGUUUCACCGCUGUUCAAAUGCACUUUGGAUCACAUAAUUUAUAUGUAUAAAUGUUUUCCAUCUGAAAGGACUAAAUAUUAAAUGAAACAAAUGACAAUAAAAUGCAAAGUAAUCUCUUCAGUAAUCAAAAUACUUUUUGAAUGUAACUGUAUUCUAAUUACCAAUGAUUUAAAUUGUAACUGCAGUGGAGUACAGUUACUUAUAUUUUGUAUUUUAAAUACGUAUUCCCGUUACAUGUAUUCCGUUACUUCCCAACCCUGCCUGUGUAAUAUCAUUUUUGUAUUCUUAAUAGGAUACUGAAAGAAGGAUGUUUUUUUUUUUUUUCUUGUUUUGUUUAAAAUCUAAAGUGAUGGUUUUGACCUUAAUCUGACAAAAGACAAAACCAUUUAAAACCCUAAUUUCUUAGCAUUCCUUCCUUGAAACCCACUUUAUUUUUUUUUAUUAUUAUUUUUUUUAAUGGGACACAAUUUAGAUUGUUGCUUUGAUUUUUCUGAUAUUUAGCACAAAGAAAUGUAAGUCAUGUCUUUUUAAAUUCAGUUCUGCAUGAUUGGUAAAGUCUGGAGUUUUCUAAAGCAGACAUUUGCAUGUAAAUUCCAAUCUAUAAUCGGACAUCCUCAGGGGAGAUCAGGGCUGUGUGUAUUAAAUCACAGCACUUGAAUCAGCUUUUGACUUGUUUAUCCUAAUGAUAGUGAUUUUAUGAAGAGCAAGACUGGUCCAUGAUGCAUAUGGGGCCCAAAAUCAAUACCUAAUUUAGUGAUAAUAUGUAAUGCUUGUGUUUAUACCGAAACCUAUGAGACUUUAAGGGAGAAUACAUGCUUACCCAAGGGCUAAAUCUGCUCUGCCUCAGUUACAGCUUUAACCAAGUACAUAUCUCAUAGUUUCAUAAUUUAAUGUAUUCUCUCUCUCACUCUUUGCAUCUGUCUCUUUAGCACCUUCCUACUGAAACACUCUUGUUAACACUGUAUGUAGAUAAUGUACUGAUCUGCCUUGUUAAAGGGAAAAUUAUUACUCUGGAUGUAAUUUUUAUUGCCUCUAUAAAUAAUAUAACUGUACAUUCAAUAAAUAUAGAACAUUGUCAAAAAUG